AUGGCUGCAAAACAUGGCCUGUCACUGCCUCACCUGCAAUCUGGUGAGGUGACACUGCUAGAUUACUCUGCAGAUGACUCUCGCGAUGUCGUGACUCUGUCGGAUAAAGAGGUUUUGGUGCUACAGCUCUACAACCAGGUUCAGGAACAACAGCUGGAAAAGGCAUUUCUCGAACAAGAACUGGAAUCAUGUUCGGGUGCAGAUCCUGAAGAACAGCUCGCAGUCGCGGAACGUGAGCUACUAGAGGCACGAUCUACUUACACGGUCAAGAGAAAGGCUGUUCGCACCAUCCUCAUGACAGAGCCUAUUAUCAAAGCUGUUCACCUAAAGGCUGCCACCCCCGCUGAGAGAGCCCUUCUUUGUCUGGUGAAUCGUCGCGAUGUGCUUGCACUUGCACAUGAGAAUCUUGCGUCAGCACAUGACUUGGUGAUGAGGCAGCUCUCAUCCCUGGAGAUAAAGAAUCUACAGAUCAAUCGCGAAAACCAGGAACUGGUGCGCCAGCUACUAGAGCUCACGAAAGAAGAUUCGUCAUGGAGAGAGAAGCUUGAAGACUCCCUGUUAUCAGAACUGGAUAGGUUUGAAGCUGAUUUAAAGGCACGCAAAGCUCAAUGGGAGACCAUGAAGUCUAUCGCUAGUGCGGUAGUUGUUGGUAGUGGACUAAAUUGGGCCGAUGACGACAUACUGCGCGCGUUGGUGCUGGAUGAAAGUGAUGACUGA